GACAAAAAAAUGAAUAAGGAAUUUAACUAAGCUACAAACCUUCCUACAUAGGAAAACAAACUAAGCAGCUUGAACUCCUAGAGACAACAACAUCAACGCUUUUUGAUUUAAUCAAAUCAAGCACUUCAUCAAUUCGUCUACCUAAACUUCGUCAUGUAUCUCUCACAUAUCAAAUCAGCUAUUGCUAUUCUUUGCGUUCUCCCACUCUUGUUUGCUUCUGUCAUUGAUCGAUUCGCAACCUCUUCAAGAACGAAUAAGAAGAUGUUAGUUUAUUCCCGGGGUAAUUCGAGGUUGAACACCAUUGUUAAAAAUUCCGAGUUCUGUUUAAAUUCGUCCAAGAAUCCGAGUGCCUGCAUGGUUGCCUAUGGUAUCACCAAUGCUGGAAACAAAGACAAGAGCCCCAUUGAGGUGGGAACAUUUGCUUUUCCAUGCGAUGGUAGUGCCAUUCUGGAGAAAUUCAACCAUGAGAAAUCAACACAAUACCAUGAUCUCAAUCAAGCAUUCGACUUCCGUACCUUUUCAGGGACCGUAAAAUCAGGUUACAAUAAUUUAACAAUAAGUAUCGACAAGUACGGAGACUUGAAAGGACCAGUACACGCUCCAGUUAUCAGCAUAGAAGGUCACCUGUUGUCCGUUACGAAUGCAGAUGUUAUAGCCAAGGACUGGGCAGAUGCCAGUGAUCGUUUGAUAUUGGUGGCUAGCUAUCCUUGCAAGAAGUAGAUGUCUGAAGUCGUAAUGCUACCAGAGCCAUAAAGAUGUUGUACAUUUUCUUGUGUGGUGAUUCGUGUUAUCAUCAUUAGAAAUCUGUCCUAGUCUUAGAUAUCCAUAGAUAGUUUCGAGAAAACGCCAUGCAGGAAGGCAGAUUUGAUGAUGUUUCAUUAAAGGGAGGGUUGGAGACAAUAACAAUAUCGUUGCUUUACAUUAUAUAACA